AAGGAUGCUGAUAUGAUUAUAUUGUCGUGUUGUUUUGUUUGACUGGCAUAUUGACUGGAAAUGCCCAUUAGUGAUUACCUGUCGCAGGAGAAGCGGAGCAGACCUCCUUGUGAGGGAAUCAGAAACAAAUUGAAGGACUGUCUCAUGUUUUCAGACUGUUACACCAGGGACAAGAAGUCUAUGCGAGAGUGUCUAACUGCGCAGGAGGGAGUGCCAGACCAGUGCAGACAUCUUGCCACACAGCUCUACAUAUGCAAGAGAUCAGUGUUUGACCCUCGAUUCAGGAUUCAAGGCCGAAAGGACGAACACAUUGACAGAUAGUGCCCAAGUAGUCCAAGUCAUUUGACCUAAAUUGCAAAUAGUAAUGAAGCGGAGACUCUUAUUUUUUAUCAAGUAGAUCGAAUUGAAUUUUAUAUAGUA